ACAAUGCGACAACAAACGGGAUUUCACACAUCACACCAGUACAAAGGUGUGUCAGAAGUCAACAGUUGCCGAAAAGAUCACAAGACGCUGAAAUGAAAAGGGUGAACAGCUUCCACAGAUUCAUGAAUAGACGGCCUUCUGCUAACUGUCGCUACCAGCCCACCUGCUACGAGCAUGCUGCUAAUUGCUACACCCACGCAUUCCUGAUCGCGCCCGCCCUAGUGGGCACGGCGCUGCUACACCGCCUGUCGGCUGACGAAUGGCACCGUGCCACGGCGUGGGUAUAUGGCCUUGGACUCGUCGCCCUCUUCCUGGUCUCUACCGUCUUCCACGUCGUCACCUGGAAGAGGAGCCACAUGAGGGAAGUGGAGCAUUGUUUCCACAUCUGCGACCGAGUCGUCAUCUACGUCUUCAUUGCGGCCUCUUACACGCCUUGGUUGAAUCUGCGCGAGCUGGGUCCAGUGGCGUGUCACAUGCGUUGGUUGGUGUGGCUGAUGGCAGCCGCCGGUACCUUUUACGUCUACAAAUAUCACGAAAAGUACAAAGUGGUGGAGCUGGCCUUUUACCUGACCAUGGGCUUCCUGCCUGCCUCUGUCGUCACCUCUAUGAAGCCGACGGAAGGUUUGCUGGAGGUGGCCUGCGGCGGCCUGUUGUACUGCGUGGGCGUGGUCUUCUUCAAAAGCGACGGCGUCAUUCCCUUCGCGCACGCCAUCUGGCACGUCUUUGUGGCGCUGGCCGCCGCCGUUCACUACUACGCCAUCUGGAAGUACCUCUACGCUCACGCCGACCCGUCCUGAGACCGCCCGCUGCAUCAAAAUUGUUUACCGCUUUCGCACGUCCGAUUUCUUUAAUCGGUACGAGUCAUUCCACGGUCCGCCGACAGAUCACGCCGAUGAAAAACAAAUAUGUUGGCCAGUUGCGCUACACUGACGAGUGCAUGUUUCCCAGUCGUAGGCGGAACUUUUAACUCAUUCACUGCCAUUGACAGCGACGGGCGUCCAAUCCGUUUUAACUGGAUCGCUGCCAACUACUCCCAGUUCAAAAUGAUUGGACGCCUGUCGCCGUCAGUGGUAUUGAAGUAGGACCAUUCACUGCCAUUCAAAAUGGAUUGUACAUCUAUCAGCGUAAAUGUCAGCUGUUGAGAACAUCGGUCACCGAGACCAAUCAGGUGGCAAUGCACCCUCAUUUUUUAGUGCUUCUUUUGGGGUCAACGUGGUCAUUUUUUGUCCCGGCGACCAGUCACACGUUGAGGAUAAAUAACAUUCAUGGAGAAUAAUUCAUGUGUGAGUUUGCUUGGUGAUCACAUAGAAGAUUUUUUCCCCCACCUCUGGAAAAAAAUGGCGACCAAUCACGCGCUGAGAAAAGCAGUAUUCAUGGACAACUCUCAGGAGUCCGCACGGUGUUCAUGUUGUUUGUCCACGUAUUUCAAAAUGGCGACCACUCACUCGCAGUGGACUCUCCUAUUAGCACGUCGGUUAGCAUUUUGCGCUAACUUCCUAGAAACGACUUGUUGGGCAGAAAACAAACUGAAUGAAGCAUGAGCCCUUUUUUGAACUUUUUGGAUUUUUUUUUUGCUGGCGUUUUUACGCAUUUUAAGAGUUGGACUCAAAUGGCUUUUGUGGGAUUUUUUCAAGUGAUUGUGACGUCACUUCCUGUUCGUGUUUUGUAACUUCCUGGCCUUUCCGCUGCCGCUGUCUUCUCUUUGUGGUGCUACUAACUUCCUGUUAAUAAAGUAAAACAUAUCAAUAAGCGGUCUCUUUAGUUUUCCUUGCAACUAGGUGAUUUUGUGUAUAUAAUGUAAUAUAUGUAAACAAAUCAACUGCAAGUCACAGCAGGUGGUGCUGAGGAUCUUUUUUUAGUUUUUCCCGUCCGAAAACAGCCG